GUGUUGAAAAAACCGAACAGUUUCCAAGACUUGAUUCAGUUGAUAUUGGACGGCAUACCCAUUCAAAGUUGUGAUCUCACUUUCAUCAGCAGUUUGCCGAGGCUGGAAAUCCUUUCUCUUCCCAACACACGGAUCACGAACGAAGCCAUCGCAUACAUCGUUCCUCUCAAGCGCACUCUGGCGUCCCUUAAUCUCGCCUGCAAUCCGAAUCUUUCUGAUGACUGUUGCAUCAAUCUUGCGUACCUCGACUCUUUGCGUACGCUCAGCAUUCAUGGCACCGGAAUUAGUAUGAUCGGACUCCGUCGCUUUUGUGAAAGUGUCCGACCCGCAAUUCGGAUGCGAAUCGAGCUACCUCGGGGAUGCAUCGACUAUUUGAAAAGACGUAGUCAUCCACAAACCUCUGCACUGACGGCCGCGAACACGGCUUAUCCAUUAAUUAAAGACCCCGCUGAAUGCUCGAAUCUCUCAAAUACUGCGCUCAAAUACAACCUCUCCGUCUACUCCCUGCGUAAUCCAUCCAUCCCCACUAGUGGCACUCGAGAGGAAUUGGUGGCGAAAUUAAAAGCUGUACUGGAGAGCAAGGAGGCGGAUAUGAAAGUGCUGGCUGUGCUA